AUGGCAGCUCACAGAACAUGGCUCCUACGCUCAAUUCCUCGCAUUCUCCCCCAACAGUCCGUCCGAUUACGUCCCCUAGCUAGGACACCGGCUGUCGCACUCAAAUUAUGGUCUCAGCGAUAUAAUAGCACCGAAGCCGAGUCCAAGCGAUCGGAAUACCUACAAACGCCGCUUCCCGAUCAUGUCUCUGAACCCUCCCAUCUGAACCCGUCCCCCGAAGAUUAUUCGCGCUUUAUUUUCCAGGAUAAAUGUCGCUCAACGAUAUAUGCUGGUGCCGGUGGACAUGGGUGUGUCUCGUUUCUACGAGAGAAGUAUGUCGAAGAGGGUCCACCGAAUGGCGGCGACGGAGGUAGUGGCGGGAGCAUCUAUAUCCAAGCCGUUGAAGGCAUGACGAGUCUACAUAAGCUGGCUCGCAGGGGAAUCAUAAAGGCCGGUCGGGGGAAGAACGGACAGGGGAAAAGCAAAGGAGGCAAACGAGGUAACGAUGUCCUGCUCCAGGUUCCCAUCGGCACUGUCGUUCGCGAAGUCGACCCACUCGAGCCGAAGGCACCGAUCUACCUCGAUCUCUCGCAACAUAUGGACAAGCCGAUCUUGCUGGCUGCUGGAGGUGUCGGUGGCUUGGGUAAUCCACACUUUGUGACUCGCAAUAUGAACCGGCCUACGUUCGCAUCCAGAGGUGAGGGCGGCAUGCGCCUGGAGCUUGAAUUCGAGCUGAAGCUGCUUGCGGAUGUUGGCCUUGUCGGAAAGCCAAAUGCGGGAAAAAGUACAUUACUUCGGUCGUUGACCAACAGUCGCACCCGGGUCGGAAACUGGGAGUUCACGACGCUUUCUCCCAAUAUUGGUACGGUAGUCAUCGACAAUCAUAAAGGGCGACCCUUGGUGGAAUCCAAAGGAAAGGCCCGGCGGACGAACUUCACCAUUGCCGAUAUUCCAGGCUUGAUUGAGGAUGCUCAUCUGGAUAAAGGCCUUGGCCUAGGCUUCCUCCGGCAUAUUGAACGCGCUGGUAUUCUGGCAUUUGUGGUUGAUCUCAGCGCAGGUGACCCUGUGCAAGGGCUGAAGAAUCUCUGGCAUGAACUGGGAGAGUAUGAGCGCGUCCGGGACGCUGAGGAGGCGAUGAAAGUUGAGGGAGAUGAUUUAACCUGGACCCCGCCAACUCAUGGUCUUCCUGAACUCCAAUCCGAAAGUGCAAUUGGUGAGCUCAACGAGGUUGCGUCGAAAGCUCAUGACGAACUCCCCGCUUUGAAUCUUCCUCCAAUUCACACCAAGCCGUGGUUUGUAGUAGCUACCAAGGCCGAUCUCCCCGAGACCCAAGAACGCUUCAAGACACUGCGUGACUAUCUUGCCGCUGUUAAGAAGGGCGAAGUGGAGCAUCCGGGCGGACAUCCCAAUGGAUGGAGAGAAAAGGUCUGCGCGGUUCCUGUCAGUGCCAUCAGGGGCGAGGGAGUUGCAGGCAUUCCAAAGCUUGUUGUGGAAUUGCUGGACUGA